UGGAAAGUGAAGAAGUGAAUGAAGAUCAUCAGAAGAUCAUGACUGCAGAACAAUCACAGACUGAAGAUGAUUUCUCCCAGAAGAGAACAGGAGCCAAGAAAUCUCCGUUCAUCUGCGCUCAGUGCGGGAAGAGUUUCACGCUCAAAGUCAACCUUAACAGCCACAUUAGAAUCCACAGCGGAGAGAGAAACUACAGCUGUCUGCAGUGCGGCAGCAGCUUCUUCAAGAACGCAGACCUGAAGAGACACCUGCAGACUCACAGUGGAGAGAAACCCUUCAGCUGCUCGCACUGCUCCAAGAGCUUCACACGCAAGGAGAGUCUGGAGAACCACAUCCGGAUCCACACGGGAGAGAAGCCCUUCACCUGCCUCCUGUGUGACAAGAGCUUCAUCCGCAAGGGACACUUCAAGAACCACAUGCGGAUUCACUCCGGAGAGAGGCCUUUCACAUGCCACGAGUGCGGGAAGAGCUUCACACAGGCUACGAUCCUCAGAAACCACCAGCACUCGCACUCUGGAGAACGACCCUUCGGCUGCGAUCGGUGCGGGAAGAGCUUCAUCUCAGCAAAGCACCUGAAGAUACACCAGAAAAUCCACCAGAAGCUCUUGCUGUGCUCCUUCUGUGGAAAGAUGUUUUCACAGCUGGGUUACCUGAAGGAGCACCAGAAGAUCCACACCGGAGAGAAAGCUCACGUGUGCUCGGUGUGCGGGAACAGCUUCUCCAGAGCCAAAUAUCUGAAGGAACACCAGAAAGUCCAUACGGGAGAGAAACCCUACAAGUGCUCGCACUGCGACAAGAGUUUCAGUCAGUCGGGGAACCUGAAGAUACACGAGAGAGUUCACAGCGGAGAGAAACCGCACCGCUGCCCGCCGUGUGGACGGAGCUUCAUCACCUCCAGCGCUCUGCUGUCGCACCGGAGAAACUGUCUCCAGAAGUUACCAAAUGAGCAGAAGUCAACAGAGAAACUCAGAUGUUAUCUUGCAAAGUCAUUUUCUUGAACAUCUACAUGCUGGAGAGUAGCAGCUCUUUCUACACGACGUUAGCUGUGUGCAGUAGCAUUCAUCAGACAAUGCUGUGUAUUAUUUCUCCAUGCAUAUCCUUAAAUUCAUUGUAUCAGUCACAGUUUGUGAGAGGUGGUGAACUGAAAAGUCGUGCAGUGAGAACGUGAGAUCAGAAGAGUGUUGGAAACCUAUCAACUACAGCAUUGAUGAAAAUGUGAAAUAAGGACCUUUGCAAUACACAAACUGUGUACUUUGCAUUGUUUGGCCACAUGUUCAUUCAUUGCUAAAUAAAGUACAUUCAUAUUAUUUAUUUAUUACUUUAACUAAGACCACUGUAUUGUACAUUAUGAAAUGUCAAUAAA